CUUAAUUAGGACUCUUGUAUUAGUUUGUAUAUAUAUUGACAGUGGAAUACAAAAUACAAUACAACAGUUUACACCAACAAAUGUUCUGAUUGUUUAAACUGGGUAGUCUCCAAUUUUCGGUCUAUAGACGAAUUGUUUUGUCAAAUCAAAAGUUGAGUUGGGUGAUGUUUGGUUUUUGGUGUUUAAUGAUAUUUUUGUGUUUAGUGAAUUUGUAAUUGUGACUUAUCCAUAUUCUUGAAUUUGAAGGAAGGUAGGGUUACAGAUAUGAAUAAGCAUAAGAAGAAAGCUAACAGGGGACUCAAAUCUGUUGGAGAAGAUCGCAUUAGUGAGUUGCCUGAUGAGAUUAUAAUCCAUAUCCUCUCUUUUUUGCCAUCAACCAAAUCAUGUGUAAAGACUUCAGUUUUAUCCAAAAGAUGGCACAAUCUUUGGACCUGUGUGCCUAAUCUCAUUUUCUCUCAAUCUCACUUCUCACGUUUCGUGUUUGAUGAAGUAGACUGCCUCAAAAGAGUGGUCAACAAAACGCUAGCCCUCCACUCCUUUUCAAAGCUCAAUAGUUUCUCCAUCCAAGUUCCAGAUUUACGCCAACUGUAUCCGUCGAUUGAGUUGUGGCUUCAAUUAGCGGUAAAAAGGGCAGUUGAGUCCCUUACUUUAGAUUUCUUGGACAUUCCCCGAAGCCCGAGUGAUCGUCCCUCUGCUGGUUAUUUGUUGCCUCAGUUCGUGUACUCCAACUCCCAUAUGCAAAUUUUAACUACCAAGUUUUGUGAGUUUGUGCCUCAUGGGAGAAUUUCAUGGUCAGCCCUCAAAAAGUUGAGCAUACGGCAAUCACUUUUGAAUGAUGAAGUCAUUCAAAAUAUUUUGAAUGGGACUCCAGCUCUUGAAAACUUGCAGUUGAUCUUUUGCUGCGGAGUCAAAUUGCUCGACUUAUCUUCAAAACCUAAGUUGAAAAAGUUGGUCAUAAAGGUUAAUGAAUAUUGUUUAAUGGGUAGCGAUUAUAAUUAUGAGCUUAAAAUUGUGGGUCCUUAUUUGGAGACAUUGAAAAUUUUGGGGUUGUGGGGACUUUUCAAGUGCAAGUUGAUGAAAAUGUCAUCUUUAAUGGGAGCCACCCUGGAUUUUGGAGUUUUUAAUGAUGGAGAUGAGUCCCAAGUUAGGCGUCAAAAUAUGGCCAAGGAGCUCCUUGAGAAUGUUCUUCAUGCUGAGCAACUAAAACUGAAGAAUCAUUGUACCGAGGCUCUCUCAAAGUUGAGGAUGGACGUUCUGGUGUCUCUAUCAUCAAAUUUGAAAUCUCUAGAUGUUGAUUGUCACGGUAGAAGUUACCUCCGCGGGAUUGAACGCGUUCUUUGUUGCGCACAUAAGCUGGAGAAGUUAGUUAUAUUUUUCAACUACAGCAGGUCUUCUACGGCUAAGAAAAACUGUCAUUUGCAGUCAGAACCUGAUGAUUACGGAAAGAAUUAUUGGAGAAAUGCAGAGAUACCGAGUUGUUUGGAUUCCCAUCUCAAGACUAUCGUGAUAUCUGGUGAAUUAAGAAGUAGAGUUGUAUUGGAAUUUCUGCAGUUCUUGCUUAUGAAUUCAAAUAUAUUGGAGAAGAUGAUCGUACAAAAUUGUUUUAACCAUCAAACACCUUUGAGAUUGGCUGAGAAGUUGUCAAGAUAUCCAAGGUCUUCGCAGCAAGCAUUGUUUCUAGUAGAUCCUAAAUAACAACAAAUAGCAGUCUCUUUAUACGUGCCUGAGACUAGGAAAGUUUGCAGCCGUGAACUGUGGGUUGCGCCUGCAAUUUAAACAUGUCGCCCUCGCAAAAAAUAUUAUGUAACUUUGAAAUUAUAAAAUUUGAGAUUUCUCCAAAACAUUCCAAAUUAUGUUUUGAGUGUUUUAAGAUA